ACGUUAGUUGCUUGGUUGCUUGCUUGGUUGGUCGCUCGUUAAAUAUUCGCACUUGCCCCGUGCAACUGUAAUGAACUUUUAAGUAAAGCGCGAACAUAAAAAUUAAAAUAAAUACCCAAAGCGAUAAAUGCAAAUUUGCCGCAUAAAUAUCAACAAUGGACUAAAUAGAGUGCAAAAACUAAAAUACAUAAAUGAAUGCAAACAGCGGAAUUUCAUUAAUAUUUGAUAAUUCAAAUUAGUCGAAAACGGCGUUGAGCCACUGGGUAUUGACACCAAAAACGACCCGCGUUUGCCUCAGUGACUUUUCACGCCUGUGUAUUGCAUCAGCCAGCAGUAGACUAUCCUGUCCUAAAGUGCAACGUGCAAAGCCGUCCCUGAAGGUGUGUGUGUGUGUGUAUUCCUACGUACAUAAACUGCACAUUAUUGCUGCAGUGCUUUUGUGGCUGACUGACGUCGUCUCGUUGUGGUCCGCAUGCAUUUCCGUUGCCCCCCACAUGCCAUGAUGCGUUACUCGGAAAUCUCCAGAGAAUUAUCAUCGGAUAGCUUGCGUUACGUUGAACUGGGUGACGAGUACAUCUAUAAGAAUUUGCGUGAGGAUUCACCACGCAGCGAUACUCAAUCCAAUGGUAGCAACGGAUAUAUGGCGCCACCAACACUCAUUUCCAACAAUCAUCACCAACACCUUGCACAACAGCAGCAAUCUCAUACUCCACAGUUUCAACAACAACAACAACAACAACAAGAGCAUUCACGUAAUAACUACACUAAUUCGAUGAGCAAUUGCGGCCAACAACACUCCGCCAACAAUAUACGCAAUUCGAAACGGUAUUCGUGUGGGCGUGACCGCAGUCAUGAUGGCGCUUCCACCAUUUCCUAUAUGCGUCCACGCAAGGAUAGCACACGUUCGACACAAAGUUGUCAAUUCGAUGCGGAACAGUUGACGCAGGCAAUUGCUAGCAAGACAAUGCAUGUGAAGAGUAGUCGUCGCAAAAAUUCCAUUGGCUGUUUGAAUUCGUUAUCCUCAUCGCCGGGCUCACCCGGUUGCUAUUAUUGUGUUGGCUCCGCUCCACCGCCCGGCAAGAGUCAGAGUUUGCCAGCACGUUCGUCUAUGAAUAAUUUAGAUGCGGUCAUUUUGAAUGCUUUACGUGUGCCCGCUGAUGAAUUGGCCAAUCAGAUUACACUUUUAGAUUUUCCCAUCUUCGCCGCCAUACAACCGGACGAGUUGACUAGUUGCGCUUGGACGAAGAAGGACAAACAUGUUGUUACACCGAAUAUAGUUGCAUUUACGAAACGUUUCAAUCAUACCAGCUUUUGGACUGUGCAGGAGAUUUUGAGUGGCGAGCAGCCAAAGCAGCGUGCGGAAAUACUGACACAUUUCAUUAAGGUGUCCAAGAAGCUGCACGAACUCAACAAUCUGCAUUCGCUGUUCGCCAUCAUUUCUGCCAUGCAAAGUGCCAGCAUUUUCCGUUUGAAAAAGACUUGGGCUUGCCUCUCCAAAAAAGAUAGACAAGCAUUUGAACGAUUAAGCGAUAUUUUUAGUGAUCAAAAUAAUUGGGAGAAUUUACGUGCCUACUUGGAAAGUUUACGCCUACCAUGCAUACCCUAUUUGGGUCUUUUUCUAACUGAUCUAAUUUAUAUUGAUUUGGCGCAUCCGCAUAAGGGUGGUCUGGAGCCCGAACAGCGACGUAAUAAAAUGAAUAAUAUAUUGCGUGUCAUUGCCAACUAUCAACAAUCGAACUAUACGCAUAUACUGCCAAUUGAGGCCACACAAAAGUACUUGACUUCGAUACGCUACAUUGAGGAAUUGCAGAAUAUUUUCGAAGAGGAUCAAUACAAAAAAUCCUUAAAGUUGGAGCCUGCCUCACCGUCCGGUCCGAGUUCCUCCUCUUGCAGUUCGAAAGAGUCCUUCAAUGUGGAUGCAGUUACACCAGCGCUUGCUUGCUUGAACCUGUCACCUGCCAAAACGAUCGGCUCAAUGCGUAUAGCCAAUAGCAGUGGUAGUAAAUUCAUACCCGGCCAUCGUAAAUGUCGCAGUCUGGGCACAAACAUUUUCGGCAAAAUAACACACUCUCACAAUGACAGCAACAACUAUGGCAAUCCCUCCACCAUGAUGCUGGGCUACGGCGACGAACAUCACUUACAUGACUACAGCAUACUGAGUCAGCAGCAACAAGCACGCCAUCCGCUAGACGAUUCGGUGUUGGAGCACAGCAGUAACAUGCUUAGUAGCGGUGAUGCCACCUCGAAUGAUAGUGUCGAAGGCGUACUCUGCCAUAACAGCGACUUAGAGCUGAUCUAUGCGCCCUCGCUCGAUCUCGACCGCUGUGUGCAGGGUUGCGUGCGACGUAAAACUGUGCAGAAGGAGGGACGCAAGCCGGCAGUCGCCUCAUGGCAACGUUACUGGCUGCAAAUAUGGGCCAAUUCACUUGUCUACUUUCCGCCCAAAUCGUUUAAAGGCAGUGAGCGUAGCGAUUUCAAGCGCGAGCCAUGUAAAGUGUGUCCACUCGAAGGUUGGUUUGCGCAGGUGGUCGACAAUACGAAACAUAAAAACUCAUUUGAAUUGUAUCAUCGCACAAUCGGCACGAUCUAUAAAUUUCGCACGGAUAGCGCUCAAGCGACACAGCUAUGGACCAAUUCCAUUUGUAAGGUGGCAAUGCAGCGUAGUGUACCCAAGCCGCUGCCCAUCAAUUUGAUGUCGUUCGAGUGAUUUGUUAAAGGAAGAUUAGAUAGUGUUAAAUGUGUCAAACUCAAAUGGGGUAAAAAUAUGCAAGAAGUACAUACACAAACAGAUUUGUAAACAGCUGUGUGCAAAAUUAUAUUCAUUUGUACUUGUUGUGGCUUUGACUAUAUACUCUUUGCUUCGAUUAUUGUUUGCU